AUGCCGAAGGGGCGGCGCGGCCGCCAGAGCCCCACGAUGAGCCAGCGGCCGGCCCCGCCCCUCUAUUUCCCGUCCCUCUACGACCGCGGGGUCUCCACGUCCCCGCUGAGCGACUUCAAUAUCUGGAAGAAGCUCUUCGUACCGCUGAAGGCGGGCGGGCCGGCGGGGGGCCGGUCCCUGCCCCAGGCGCCCCCGGCCCCGAUGCCCCUGCCGCCACCCCCGGGCCUGGGUCCCCCCAGCGAGCGCCCGUGCCCCCCGCCCUGGCCCUCUGGCCUGGCCUCCAUCCCCUAUGAGCCUCUGCGCUUCUUCUACUCGCCGCCGCCAGGGCCCGAGGUGGCUGCCUCGCCCCUGACCCCUGGCCCCACGCCCUCCCGGCUCGUCUCCGCCUCCCACCCCGAGGAGUUGUGCGAACUGGAGAUCCGCAUUAAGGAGCUGGAGCUGCUCACCAUCACUGGGGACGGCUUCGACUCUCAGCGCUAUAAGUUCUUGAAGGCGCUGAAAGAUGAGAAGUUACAAGGACUGAAGACCAGGCAGCCUGGAAAGAAGUCAGCCUCUUUCUGCUGAGGCGCUGCCCACCAGAGCCUGGGCAGCCACCUCCUUAGGUGUUCUGUAGACAAUGGGAAGCAAAGGAGGGUUCACCCUGCUCGGGCUCUUGAUCAUCCUUUCUGUCCUCUGUGAUUCAGAUGUGCAAUAGGACCUAUCUUUAUCUUGUCAGCAUUGAUAUAAAAUGGAGAAGGAAAAAAUAAUCCAGCAAAACCUGAAGUCUACCUAGCAAAGAGGACCCCUAAGAACAUGAACAGGAGCAGAAUUGAUUUUCACAUCAGAGAACCAAAGGCAAUUUGCAUCCGAUGUAGCCGGUUCUUGUGUUCAGUGUCACUGCUAAUGCCUGGUUGCCCCACCUACCUGGGCUUAAGGUGUGCGGCUGCUGUCUCUCCCUGGAUUAUGUGGGCUUCUGGCGGUGGGUCAGCCACUGAGCAGGGAGCAGCUUUAGUGAGGGCACCUUACCCAAAGGUCACAGGCCAGAGCGCAAAUAGUUGAGGUUUUGCAGGCCAAGAGACAAAUUCAAGGAUAUUCUGUAGGCUUUUAUAUAAAUAAUGAGAGAAAACAAAUACAGAUGUUCAAUUGACAAAAUUUGAAAUGUUACAAUUGAGUACAGUUAUUUGUGAUACAGACCUACUAAUGGGAAGAAUGGAAUUCUUUUUGGGAGAAUAACAUUUUGCAUACUUGGGUUUCAGAAAUUUGUGUUCCCUCUCGUCCAAUUGGUCACAAGUAUUCAUCUGUUAGUGCUGAUCUGUAAUGAGAUGUUCUGUAGUUCAUCUUUGAAAAUGUCUUUUCACACAGGGAGCUACCACCAAAUACUGACUAUUAAUCCAUGAGAAUAUGAUUUCAUAGAGCAGAUGUUGCUGGGCAGGCAUUUAUAGAAUUUUGUUAACUUAUUCAACUUCCAGUUGAAAUGGUUAAUUAAGACAGUUAUAUGGAUUUUUAAAUACGGAAAUUUCUUUUGCACUUGCAUCAGGGUCCAAAAACUGUUGCUAGAAUUGUAGUUUUGUCAGCAGGGGACAAGGGGAUCUCUGCACCCUCAGUUCUUGUCUUGCUUAUGGGGAAUAAUUCAAACAAGAGACAACAACAGCCAAAGCAGACGAGGAUUUAUUUGUAGGAAAGCGAUACACUCAGAGAGGACAUGAGCAGGCAAUUUAGCUGGCUGAGACCAAACUGAGUGCCCCUGAUAUUGGGGAGUUUAGAGGAUCUAUAUGCCUAGAUUGGCAUGCCCCAAGCAAGGAGCUAGUCACACCCUCUCUCGUAUCUCACAUAGGCGCUUGCUUCCUCCAUUAUCUAUUUUCAGUUUGUUACAUCUCACUCUUAUUUCCUCUCUGUCCCAGCUUAGAGGUCCGCCCAGAGGUCAGCUGCCUCUCCCAGCCUCUCCCAGCUUAUAUCUUUCUCUCUGCCUACUCUUAACAAUCUGAGUUUGGAAAAAUCUACCUGCUGCAAGUGUGUGUGGGAAAGGAAGCAUGCUGGCCUCUGCCCCGUGGUCAUGGAGAUGGUGGGCUUCCUUCUGCAGCCAGGAGGGCAAGUGAGUGCUGGUCUACCAGAUUCUGACAGCUCUUCUUCCUGA